UGCUGCAAUGGAGCUCAAGAGUUGUGCUGACUGCUCGUAGCUGGGAUUGCUUUUGGGAAUAAAACCGAGCUUCCCUCUGCGAAGGAAGGGGUGAAUUGCAGCAGUGUGUGUGUUCAGCACUGCAACGCUGCUGCUGCUGCUGCAAUUGAAGAGUAACGCUGAGAUAAGGUGUGAACUCUUCUUGCAGUAAGGAAAUGGAGGCACGGAGCUGAAGCAACACGUGGCUUCUUGUUUCUCCCUGCCUGCUCUUCGCAGCCCUGUUCAGCCCUGUUCCAUAACAGCAGCCAGCAGAGAUCGAGCAGCAGCUUACCUGGAAAGGCACUUGGCUCUGUGUGGUAGAUCCGAAGUCUUAGACCUUAAUAAGUACUGUGCAGGAUUCCAAGAAAGCCUACAGCAGUGUCAUACUUCUCAUACAUGGGAAGAGAUGGCUGACAUAAAUGGUGUCCUCCAUGCAUCUCGGUGGUUCUUGAGCUGCUUUGCUUCUUGGUGUGGUUCUUUUUCUGUCUCCCUGAUUCACUUCAAUGUCUCAAGGACUGCAAGUAUGAUUCUUUGUUUCCUAACUUACUCAGUUAUGCAGGGUCUGUUCUCUUCUUCCUGAACGCUUGCUUUUACGAGGGUCCUGUUAUUAGCAGUAAUAAUUUUAAGAAAGUUGGAAAUUGAGAUGUACUUCUGGUUCCGCAGGUGGUAAAUGUCACUUCAUUUCAGUUGCAUUUUCCUACUGUUUGCUAUCCUGUUGUUUUUUAGCAAAGCACCUACCGGGAGGAGAGUUGGCAAUGCAGGAAAUAGUGAAACUGCUCAUACAGAGUGCUUGCAUGCUUAAAUAGAAGUAUUCUUUUAUUUUUUUUCUCCUUCUGUAUUCCUCACGGGUAGCCUGUAUCAGUUUUGGUUCAGUCAUGUAGAUCUAAUCUGUGUGUUCUCAUAGGUGCUUUUUCUUUAUCCAGCAUGGGGGCAGUGAGUUCGUGCUGGCUGGUCAGAGCCACUCGAUUUUACCAUCAUGGCUGAUAACAUCUGAUGUGCUUCAGGGAAAUCUGUCUGUAACGGUGCUGAGUUUAUUCCUUGGUGGAUAGAGCGCAGGCUGCUGUGGUGGAGGGAGCUGCGGGGAGGUGAUGCUCCUGCUGGUUGAAACUCUGAGGUCCCCAGAUCAGCGCUCAGAACUCAGUACGCUGCUUCUCACUGUGAUGGAAGCCACCAGGCUGUGGGGUUUGUGGCUUCUCCAAAAAGUGGAUGGGACUUCCUGUGAAGAUAUGCAUUCAGCUCACAAUGAUUUUGAUGAGUACGCACUGUAUUGUGUGCUCUCAGAGGUGCCCUCCUUUCUUUCCUGACCCAUGUUGCUCCUGGCAGGGCCGGAGUUCCUUUAACUUUGGAGGUCUGAGAAGGCAGCGUAUGCGUGAGGUGUUUUGGAUCUGCCUUCCUCUCAGCGGUCUGCGAGAGGUGAGGCAGUCAGAGGCUUUCUUCACUGUGUGCUGUUCAACUUGUGGUCGUCUUCUGUCUUGUAUUGUACAUCUGCUCAGAAAUCAAAGCAGUGCUAUGGUGGAAGGGCCUGCAAAACAUCUAAGCACCAAAUGUCUUCUAAAUGUAUUUGUUCUUAUUGUUGUUUACUAGCUUCAGUUACAAGAGCAAUGGAAACUUCUUUCACUGGGAAAAAUGGAAAUGCUGUUUUACUUUGGAAUAUUUGAAUAACUUAGGCUCAGUGUUUGUUACAGAGAUGAACUGUAGUUACUCUGUUUUUGCUUGGCAUGCUUGUGUUGUAGAUCUGAACAACAUGUUUUGCAGAUUCUCUUCUCUUCUGCAGUCAUGCAAAGCAAGCCUUUCAGGCUAAAUGCUUGUAAAUUGCUUGGAGGUUUGCAAAUGAUCCCCUUGACUUUGCUACUCAGGCUUGUUGUAGUGAAGGCUGCAUGGUUUCAGACAGUAAGGGCUUCCAGCCUGCUGCCCUGUGGCCAAUAGUUGCGUGGGGAGUAGGAUAUGAAUGCAGUGCAGAUAUAUUUAUUAUAAUAUAUUGGUCCUUUUUGUUUUUAAAGUGCCUCGUGGCUCGAGAGUGUCUCCUUGUCUUGAGUACUUGGGGUCACCGAUAUGGUUAGCAGACUGCCAUCAGUAUGAGAAGUGAACCACUGGUCUCUUUUCUUAGGUAAUCCUUUGCGUUACUCUACACUGCUGGGGCUUUGCUUGUGGUCAGCAGCUUUGUGUAUUUUUACACAGGGCUUUGUAGCUCUGUUUGGAAACCCUCUAAAAGAAUUGACAAGUCGUAAGGGUGCUGUGCUCCCUGGUGAGGAUCAGCAUCUCGUCGUUAACAUGGGAUGAAACCUUCACCACUGGAAACAUGUUAUGUAAGGUUAUGUUAUUUAGUUUGCUUCCUGAGUGGAAAGUUCUGCUUUCACACAGUUCUGCAUGGAAAAUAAAGAGCAGUUGUCAGCUAUUUUUCGUACUUGAACACCUCCUAAAGCAAAACUUUAUCUUGGAGUAUCUGGCAUGAAUUUUGUUAGUAUUUUCAGUGUGGUGCAUGAGAAGAAGGAGCAUUAAUUUCAAAGUCUCUGCGUAUCCCAACUUGCUGUUUAAGGAGUGCUGGCUGGUAAAACUGGAUUGGGUUUAUCAUUCCAAAUAAUAAGGUCUAUUCUUUGUGUCCCUUUCAACUUCUUAUUUAAGCUGUUUUCUCUGGGAGUGAAGUUGUAUCUCUUAGCUGAUAGCUUUUCUGCCUUUGUACAAGGGCUUGCUGACUGAAACAAGACGCUGCGCUUACUUUUUAAUCCAAGAUGAUAUCAGCAUUUGGCAGGAAGCUGCCCGUAGGAGAUGUUUCAACUCUCAGUGCACUGACUUGUUGGUUUUACAGAAGUGACUUUUCCAUGGCCUUCAUCUUGCAAAAUAGGACAGGGCUCCAGCAGCUGAGCACGUGUGUGCUGACCUUAUAACACUUCGAUGGAAAUCCUCUGAACAAGCAGAAUUAUCAACUUCCCUUUUGCAGUGAAAUCUCUAUAAUGUGCAGUGGAAAUUGUUUUAGCGUGCUCAAGUCAAACUGUGCCUCUUUGAAUAUUUCUGCUCUCCCCUGCAAAUAAUGUAUGAUAGACAAAGAGGGCGGUUGUGAUGCUGGAUUAUUAUUAUUUUUGUGGUGAUGAUUGCCUUCCUCCCCCUCUUUGGUACCCGCUGUUCUCAUUCAUUUGGUCUUUUCUGGGCUUCUUCAGAUGGUGGGAGUGCAGGAGAAAACAUGAUGAUAGAUCAUCAAAGAGAAGUCAGGGAGGAGCUGUAGGUGGUACUUCAUUAAUGGUAGUUAUAAUUAGGGAAUUAGAAGGGAGAUUGUGGAGUGAGACUAGUGUGAGUGACUCGGGUGGUGCUGCAGUGUAGAUGGAAGUGCGUGUGCAAGGCUUGCAGUGCUUGGGACCUGUGUGUGAAGGUCGGAGCCUGCAGUGGAGCACAGACAGGCAGCACUUUGGAGGCAAAUCUGAAACUGGAAGCAUGGCUUGGUUUUCAGAGUACAGUGGUGGUGGUCUGCGAGAUGCUACCCUGAUAAUCAGAAGCACUGCAGUUGGAGACAGCUUAGGUUAAAAAUAUUCCAGUUAGCAUCUCUUCUGACUGUACAUCUGAUAGUUGCUAACAAAUCAGCCUAAACUUUGGUUUUCAUCUGCUGAUGAGAUUGUGCCACUCUUUCAUGUUCUGCAGAGGGCCAAUACGAGUGGAAUUGCUUGGUUUUUAAUAAAUACACUUCUUCAGCUUUCUUGCUUCAUGUUACUGUGAAGCAGUGUGACAGAUGUCUUAACUGUUUUAUGCCUCUACUUAAUUGGCAGAUGGAGCUGUCUCUUGGUUAUGUGUUAUCUGGUUAUCUGAGUGGCAGCAGGGCAGCUUAGGGCUUUGUGGCGUGGUUUGAACGUGGAGGUAAGAAUACAGACCAGCACUGAACGAGUGUAGGAACUUGUGUUGUUUGAUUUGCAGCAUUUGAGAGAAGUGCUGAGGGCUCAGAGGCUUUUCUUUGGGAUUUUUUUAGUCCAUCUGCAUUAGGGCAUCCUUUUAGUCUUGUCCUGACUUCUUCCCAAACGUAACUAGAAUUCAUGAUGAAGAAUACGUGCAGUAUUUAUCAUGAAGCUUUAUUUCAUGUGCUAGGAUUUAAUUGCUAACAGAUACCUGAUUUCCACUGAUACCAUUGUUGAUCUUACUAUGUUGUGGUAGCUUGAAUGCCCACUCCAUCAAAGUGACCAUAGAUCAGUACAAUAGAUCUGUUCCUUUCCUAAUGUGAACAAACUGAAUAACUUGAAUGUGCUCGCACUGCUUAAAGCUUUUGCACAAGCAGGGUUGCUCCAGAGGCGUUCAGUUGCAUGCGAGUCAGAACUCAAGCUAGCAACUUCCUGUUCCAGCUGGGGUGUUAGCUUAGUACCUCUAAAGGCUUUUCACCAACAGUUGUAACUGGUGUCAGUUUAAUCUUGUGGUUUACAGUGAGCUUUCCUCCAAAAUGUAGGCUGUGACACUUCAUUAAAGGCGGCCGAAGUAGUGCGUGUUGUAGAGGACGUCUGCUUGGGGACAACAAGCAGUUGAGCAAAUUUAAGAUGAUUUGAUCCUAGUUUUUUCCUGUUCUACAAACCUGCUGCUUUGGGCACCACAGAACAAAACUGAUGGAGAAUGUUGGUUGUGUUCUCGUGUACGGAUGGCGGUGUGUAAGAAUAUGCAGAGCAGGAAUUGACUUUAAGAUCAGAACCAUAGAAUUAGAUGGGAAGAAAAUCAAACUGCAGAUAUGGGAUACAGCAGGCCAGGAGAGGUUCCGCACAAUCACAACAGCUUACUACAGAGGAGCCAUGGGAAUUAUGCUGGUGUAUGACAUAACAAAUGAAAAGUCUUUUGACAACAUAAAAAACUGGAUAAGAAACAUUGAAGAGCAUGCCUCUUCAGAUGUAGAGCGAAUGAUCCUGGGUAACAAAUGUGACAUGAAUGAAAAGAGACAAGUCUCCAAAGAAAAGGGGGAAAAGUUAGCAAUUGAUUAUGGAAUCAAAUUUUUGGAGACAAGUGCAAAGUCCAGCAUAAAUGUGGAAGAGGCUUUUUUCACACUUGCACGGGACAUUAUGACAAAGCUCAACAGAAAAAUGAAUGACAGCAGUUCAUCGGGGGCAGGUGGGCCGGUAAAAAUAACAGAAAAUCGAUCUAAGAAGAGCAGCUUCUUUCGAUGCACGCUACUUUGAUGAACUUUUAACAAUAGACUGCAGCACACUUAGAACCUUUUCUGCUUCUUUGAAAGCACAGGGUCACAAAGCCUCAGAAAUAAUACCACCAAGCUGCUGCUGAGAGCUCCAUUGAACGUAGACUGCGAUACACAAAAUAUCAAGUGGAUUUUGCUCACUAAGCCUAUUGUUCUGUCAGGCUCCUCUUUCUCAAAUAUGGAAGCUAUGAAGUGGAGACACAAAUGCAAGAGUUAACUUGUUUUCCUUUUUUACUUUCUGUUUUAUUGCCUGUUGCAAAAGCUGCUAUGUUUCUUUUAACUUUGCACAUCCAUAUUAGCCUCUUACUGCCUGUUACAGCACAAUCUUACAUUUGUAUUUGCACAGUUUCACUUGUAAGUAAGAUUCUUAACAGAUUUGUGCAGAUUUUCCUUUUUUGAACAAAUUUAUUUUAAAGCAGAACAGCCGGAGGACAGAUUAAGUCACUUCCAUUAUUUUCUUUGCUGUGUACUUACGGCCAUGACUGCGCUGUGGGUGUUGACACUCUAGUGAUGAGAAUUACUCUAACAAUUGACAUUUAACAAUUUGUAUGAGUUCUGUCUCAGAGAUGCACAAAUCUGUUCAUGCAGAAGCAAUGGCUUUUAUUCUGAAUGUAGUAUGUUGCUUUUCUUUCUUUACCAGAUAUAGAAAAGUUGUGUUCUGAAUUGCCAGUCACUGUCUGAUUUCACAGAUGCACCUUUCGGUAAUUUUAAUAAACGCCGUGUCUUUCCUCACUUAACUUCCAUUUGUUAGCUCAAACUGUCUGCACCUUUUCUUUGUUUUUAUGAGGAAGUACACUCUGGAAUUGAGAUCAUCACAAAUUGGCCUCGUUGCUAUCACUUAAGUGGCUUAUGGAAUCUGAACGCAUGAGUUUUGAGUAACCACUUUGUGGAUUCACUUGCUCAGAAUGACCGCUCUAAUGGUGACUUUGAUUUCUAUUUUAAUGACAAAGAUGGUCUGUUAAUGUCUGUAAGCAUCAGCCCUUGUCAAAAAAGUGUCCAAAAGUUAGCUUCCUGUGUGGUUGAAGUUCAUCAAGCUCUGGCACUACAUAAAGGGUCACAUUCGGGCUGGAACGUAAUAUUGGUUAUGCAGUUAAUGAUGAAUGUAUAAAGCCCUCAUUGGUCUGCUCAAGCAGUACACUUUUUGUUUUCAUUAAAAACUGGUACAGUGACCUAGACUGUUAGAAGCAGAGUUGAAACUUAGUUGCCUUUUUUACUCAACUGAGCAUUGUAUAAGGUAGUCUUUGUUCCUACUACUUUUUUUAUUGUCUACUGAAAUUUUUCCUCAAUGAGCAAGUAAAAUAGGUGCUCUAGUUCUGUUGAUGUGCCAAACUUGGACCAUUGUAAGCUUUAACUACAAGUUUGUGUCCAGCAUGUUUGUUAUUAGGGGAUAGGUGGAUUCUGUCAUUGGCAAAGUAAUGUCUCUGACCUGCUUGCUUUUGCUUCACAAUGUUGUCAAGUUGCAAACAGUGAAUUGGUUGUUACUGCAGAUAACUGCUUCAUUCGUGGUGUCCGGUACUGAAUUUGUCAUCUUGGGUCUGUUGUAAAUACUGCGCAAGUGAACAGACCAAUAGCAUUAGAUAUAAAAGGACCUUUGAUUUGAAAAGAUCUAACAGUAGUAGCUGGUUCUAUAAAGAUUAAAUUGUUAUCAACCUGUCCCCACGUGUAGCUUAAUAGAAAUAGUUAUUGUAAUUAGAUGGUGAAUCUCAUAACCUUCUGUUGCUGCACUUAAAGAAAAAUCGUAAUGGCAGCAAAGGUUUAGUGGAAAGUCAAAGCAUCCCUAACUGCUCGUUUGUCUACCCUUGAUGUUUUUCUUGGACAGGUUAAAGCAGUUAUGUUUUCUGUAUGUUUUUUCUUUUUCUUCUUUUUGGAAAAAAAAAAAAGUGCUUCUGUACAGAAAGUGUUGUGACACCAAUUAUGAAUGUUGUUUAUUUUCAGUAAUUUACCUCCGACUUACUUGGUGUCGUAAUACUUUGAUUUUUAUCUCAGGGGUUGUCUGCAAACCAAAACUGACAUGUUCUGUGUUUGGCACCGUUUACAGAAUGCUUUGUGUUGUUUUUCCUGUCUUCGCUGUGUGGUUAAGUGUACAUUCAAUAGUAGUCUCCAUGAACUUCCCUUUGAAAGAGCCUGUAAGUAGGAGAGUCUAUGAAGUGCUUCUUGAAGCAGCAGUGAAUUGGGGUAUCUGCUCUGUAUUUGGGGGGGGCGGGGGGAAACUUGCUAUUUUCUUACAUUUAGCUGUGCUAAACUGUACAUAAAUGUGAGGUAAGACCAUAGGAAAUUCACUUUAUGCAUGAUAAAAUGAUGCAGUAAAUAUUUCACUUUGCUUAAUGUUCAUGUAAAGUUCAUCUUUUUCUAUUUGUAGAAGAAUUUAGUGCAAUUUUGUUGUCCCCUGCUGAAACUGAAGAAUUCUAAUUUCAUGUGGUCUUAUGGAUAAGGUAAAAUGCAGAUUUCUCUCUGUUUUGCCCCCACCCCUGUUCUCCAGCAGUAUUAAAUGGCUGAGUGGCUGCACUUUGUCAGUGUGCUAACUUCUGGUCAGUAUAGACCUUUCUGUCUACAGUCUGCCUUGUCAGACAUAGAAAACCGUGCUGUAUCUUAGCGUGCAAAUCAGCUGUAUGUUUUACUGGGAAUUUUUUAGCUAUGUUUUGCUCUAGACAAGUGGGUGAUGAUAAAUGACAUGUUCUGCCUAGGCAUCAGAUGCUGGGUACUACAGGCUUUUCUAAUACCAGUCUGAUUGUUUUGUGCAGUCUCUGUUGCUACUUUGCUCAAAUCUAUAUAACCUAAAUUUUGAAGGACUCAACUAUACCUCAGCCAACUAGUUAGUAUUCUCAUGUUCAUUACUAUGAAAGUCAUAGAAUUAUUCAUUAAGCAGCAAAUGUUAUCUCUUUUUUGCUCCAGAAAUUGCCAUUAAGCUUUUAGGAGAAGCAGAUGUUUCUGGUGGAUUUUAAUGGAAUAAAACCACUGUUUGUGCUGUUGAGGUUUCUUGAAAUGUUUCUCUGCCCCGUGUCUGUGUACUACAUCUUGACCAAUAUUUUUCUAAAUGGUUUAAAAAGAAAUGUGGUCUCAGUUUUAGCAUUGCAGUUUUAGCUUCCAGUCUGCGCUCAGCAAAACAUGAAGUUGUUUUUGUUGAGUAUAUCUAGAAUAUUUGAUUUACUUAAUGUCUCACUGGAAGUUGUAUUAUUAUUAAAGCUUAAACCACUCGAAACAUAGCUAACUUUUCUAUUUGGGGGACAGACUUAAAGAUACCAGUUGAAUUUUCAGACCUGUAGUUGUGGUGUUUCUUUUUUGUUUUCUUUUGUGCCCUUUUUUACAUAAACUAUUUCCAUUGUAAGUACAUUCCCCUUUCUAGUCCGCUGAAGUCAUUUAAAAGGCACAGUCAUUUUCACAAGUGAAAAAAGGAUUCUUGAAUAUACAUAUUGCAUUAAAAUAUUGUGAAUGGAUACUGAUUUGAAGUACAUGAAUGAUAUGUAAAAAUGCAUAAAUGUUAUUUGUGGAAAUGGCCUGUUAUUUUGCUAUCUGUUAAUGUAACUGAAAUUUUGCAGCGUUAAACUUGUUAAGGAUUGGUCUGUAGGUGAUGAUAAAUAGGUCUUUUCUUUUCCAUUCACUGAACCGCUUAUAAAUUCUUAUAAAUAAAACUUGUAUUUCUCUCUUCCACAAAAGCAGGAUUUCCACUGAUUUUUCUUGUUUCUGGUGAAUUUAAGUAUUUUAGUGCAUUCCUAUGGCCUUACAGAUGUUUUUGCAACUAAAACUUCAAUUACAGUUAUUUUAAUGCAAUGUAGCUACUAAAUUCAGACUAGAAAGUAUAGUCCUUGAGAAAUUGCUUAAUUUUGAAAUAGAAGUGUUCUACUGUGUGUGUUUAAGCACAUUUUUAUCUCUGAUCAAAGGUGUAAUGUGAAAAGCUCCUGCAGAUAAAGUGAUCUUGUCAUGUGAUUAACCUGUAAGCCUAAUCAUUGUGUAUUGAUGUGUAUAGACAAAAAAAAAAAAAUCCCCUCCCAAAAAAACCACUUUAAAUUCUAAUGGUUUUAUUAUUCCAUGUGAACUUUUUUACAAUAAUAUGUCUCAAAUAAAAGUUACGUAAUGAAAAGAA